GAUGACUCACUUGUAGUGUGGAAGGAGGUGGACCUGACCCGGCUGUCAGAAAAGGGGCGUCGUGAUGCUUUGAAUGAAAUCGUUAUCCUUGCCCUGUUGCAGCAUGAGAACAUCAUCGCAUACUACAAUCAUUUCAUGGAUAACACCACGCUGCUGAUUGAGCUGGAGUACUGUAAUGGAGGGAACCUCUACGAUAAGAUUCUGCGGCAGAAAGACAAAUUAUUUGAAGAAGAGAUGGUGGUUUGGUAUCUCUUUCAAAUUGCAUCAGCUGUGAGCUGCAUUCAUCGAGCAGGAAUUCUUCACAGAGAUAUAAAGACAUUAAAUAUCUUUCUAACCAAGGCAAACCUGAUUAAAUUGGGAGACUAUGGGUUGGCAAAGAAGCUGAACUCGGAGUACUCUAUGGCUGAGACUCUGGUGGGAACUCCGUAUUACAUGUCCCCAGAACUCUGCCAGGGUGUGAAAUACAACUUCAAAUCAGAUAUUUGGGCUGUGGGCUGUGUCAUCUUUGAGCUGCUUACUCUGAAGAGGACCUUUGAUGCUACUAAUCCACUGAACCUUUGUGUGAAGAUUGUACAGGGAAAUCGCGCCAUGGAGGUUGAUUCCACUGUCUACUCGCGGGAGCUAAUCCAGAUGGUGAAUUCCUGCCUUGAUCAGGAUCCAGAGAAGAGACCCACUGCAGAUGAAUUGCUUGAACGUCCCCUUCUCAGCAAACGCAGGAGGGAGAUGGAGGAGAAAGUCACACUGCUUAAUGGGCCAAAUAAGCGACCAAGGUCAAGUACCAUGAAUGAGGCUCCCAUUGCAGUGGUGACUUCGCGCACUAGUGAGGUGUAUGUUUGGGGGGGCGGGAAGUCCACCCCCCAGAAGCUGGAUGCCAUCAAAAGUGGCUGCAGUGCACGCCAGGUGUGUGCUGGUAACACUCACUUUGCUGUGGUGACAGUGGAGAAGGAGCUCUACACCUGGGUGAAUAUGCAGGGGGGCACCAAGUUGCAUGGGCAGCUGGGACAUGGAGACAGAGCCUCCUACCGGCAGCCAAAGCACGUUGAGAAGCUUCAGGGAAAAGCCAUUCGCCAGGUGUCCUGUGGAGAUGAUUUCACUGUGUGCAUCACAGAUGAGGGCCAGGUGUAUGCCUUUGGCUCAGACUAUUAUGGAUGCAUUGGCGUUGACAAGGCUUAUGGCUCUGAAGUGCUUGAGCCCUUGCAGCUGGAUUUCUUUCUUACCAACCCUGUGGAGCAGGUCUCCUGUGGAGAUAACCACGUGGCAGUGCUGACCAGGAACAGAGAAGUCUACACGUGGGGCUGUGGAGAGUAUGGGCGCUUGGGCUUGGAUUCAGAAGAGGAUCACUACACCCCUCAGAAGGUGGAUGUUCCGAAGACCUUAAACAUUGUGUCUGUUCACUGUGGCUGUGAUGGGACUUUCCUGCUCACCCAGACGGGCAAAGUAUUGGCAUGUGGACUCAACGAGUUCAACAAGCUGGGCCUGAAUCAGUGCACAUCAGGGAUAAUCAACCAUGAUACGUACUGUGAGGUGCCGUACGCCACUUCCCUUACUUUGGCCAAGCAGCUGUCCUUCUACAAGAUCCGUACCAUUUCUCCAGGGAAGACACACACAGCUUCCAUUGAUGAGCGAGGCCGCCUGCUGACCUUCGGCUCCAACAAGUGCGGACAGCUUGGUGUUGGGGACUAUAAGAAGCACCUGGGAAUUAACCUGCUGGGAGGCCCCUUGGGGGGCAAGCAGGUGAUCAGGGUUUCAUGUGGAGAUGAAUUCACCAUAGCUGCUACUGACGACAACCAUAUCUUUGCCUGGGGUAACGGCGGGAAUGGGCGUCUGGCAAGGACUUCGACUGAGAGAGCUCAUGGCUCGGAUAUUUGUACCUCAUGGCCUCGGCCAAUAUUUGGAUCAUUGCAUCACGUUCCAGACCUGUCGUGCCGUGGCUGGCACACUAUCAUCAUUGUUGAAAAGGUGUUGAACUCUAAAACAAUCCGAUCCAACAGCAGUGGCCUGUCCAUUGGUACUGUGGCUCAGAGCUGCACAACUGGAGGAGGAGAGGAAGAGGAUAAUGAACAGGAAGCGGAGACCCCCAAUCCCAGUGGAGGCUUUCGGGGAACCAUGGAAGCAGAUCGUGAGUUGGGGGGCUGGAUCAGCACCACAGAAGCUAAGGGAGGCAACAGUGCUGACAGCAGCUCCUGCCCUGGCUGGCUGCGGAAGGAGCUGGAGAAUGCUGAAUUCAUCCCCAUGCCUGACAGCCCCUUUCCUCUGAGCAUGGCAUCUUCGGAGCCCGAGAAGGAGACUCUUCCUUACCAGAAACUUCAAGGACUCAAGGUGGCCUCUGAGGAACCUGUUGGAUUAAACAAGCCCAAACCAGACCCCUGGCCUACUUGCCUGAGUCCAACCUUGCCAUGCGGUGAAGGGAAGGCCGCAUCUCCUGUUGCGGGCUGCAUGUGCAGUGCUCUGCAACUGGAGGUGACACACCUCCGAGGCCUGGUUUUACAGUGUCUGGAUGAUCAGAAGAAGCUGCAGCAGGAAACCAUUCGUCUGAGUGCCCAACUCCAGCAGUUCUGCAGGGGGACGGAGGGAAUGCAGCAGGUGGAGGUUCAUUCCAAAGGAACACAGACAGCCAAAGAGGAGAUGAAAUGGAUCCGAAACCUGACUUGGAUUCAGAUUCCUGGUGUCUCCUGGGAACGGACUCAUGCCGCUCCAGCCUCUAGUCUCCUGAGCCCACUGGGAUCCAUCUAACUUCACAGCACACUAACCGAAUGCAGAGAGCGGCUUUCCUGGCUUCAGGUCACUCGCAGACAAGGAGCGAGGCCGGAGGCUCCAGAGCAGCACCCAUGUACGUUUGAUAUGAACUAGGAGUGAGUUUGAGAGGGGAAGGGCCCCUGAGCUCUAGGCCAGCUCAGUGAUUGAAGCAGCAGCAGCUCCUCUUUGUACCUUAUCUGUCAAUUCUGCACGUCAGGCAGAAUGGUCCCAUUAUGGCGAUGGCUCCAGUAGCAGCUUGUGGCCCCUUCAUUGUUUCACUGCUUCUUGGGAGCUGCCUUUGGGACCUCGGUAUUCAUCACUGCAUCUCUAGAUGAGAGGAGGAGGUACAUUUUGUACUGAAACUGGCUGAACCCUAAGACUCGCCACCUUCACUUCAGAGGGGUGAAGGACUAGGAUCCUCUCCCU